AUGUCGCAUGCAAAUAUGCAAGCAGAUUAUACGGCAAGCCCACCCAAUCGAAAUGCUCCAUGGCAACCACCCCAUCAUCCAGCUCAUGGCGGUGAAGAUGCCUGGGAUCAUUCCAAAGACGCUCGUGAACAUCCUGAACUUCACACCACAGCCUAUGGAACAGUUGACACAAGCAACUUGAUGGAAGAGCAAGGUGAUGAAGAUAUGGAAGAAAUGCUCAAACACCAACAAAGCAAAGACGACAAUUCAAGCAAAGACACCCGUUGGCAAGAUAGCUCUCCUCCUGCUCACCACGAUGAGUCUGUUUUUGGACACACAGUACCCAAAUUGCAUCCAUUCCCUCGAGCCCCUGUCAAGCGAGAUUUGAACGAUAUCUAG